AUGGCCGAGCCCGUGGAUGCGCAGCCGAAAGAAGCGUUUCAGUACUGGGGCUACCUCUUCAAGCCCGACAAGUGCGGUACAGAGCUGCUGAACAGGCUGCUUGCCGGCAUUGCAGACUUCAUAAGUCGCAACCUCGACCAACCCAGCGAUGGACCCGACAUCACCCCGUCCCAGCUCGCCGCCUUCUACCGCGCAGUCGGCGGCGACUACGACAUCCUCUUCAUCGACACGCCCCCGCAGUCCAUGGCCUUCAUCUACAAGUCGCUCGGCUGCCUACACUCGCUCCAACCCACGCCUACCGACGAUGGCUACGGCACGCCUAAUAUACCCGCGCUGAAGAAGAAGGGCUUCGUGACCUGGCAGACCAUCCAGCUGCUGCUGGGCCCCGAAGAGCAUGUCCCUUUCCUCCAAAACGCUGUCGCUACGCUCGACAUCAUCGACCCGAGCACCGGCCAGCCUUUCCCGAAGCUCCUCCCCACCGAGUCCUUCCCCAGAGAGCCGGACGCAGACAUGGUACGCUGGUACGAAGGCGUCUCAGACCGACUACGCCAACAAUGCGAAGCAGAAGAGCAACCCCCCACCGACGGCCGCCAAGGGGGAGGCGAGCGACGCGCACGAAGCCCCGAUGACAGCUCAGCAGACGAGCGCAACGGAGCCGCGGCCUACUUCCGCGACCCCCUCUACCGCAACCAACGCAACCGCCCCACCAUGAUCCGGCGCUAUUCGAAAAACCCGCCUCGCUCCCCGCGCGAGUUCAUCAAGGGCGUCCGCCACGCCUGGGCGCCGCAUCUGCCCUGGAACCGAACCACCGAGCGCCAGCGUGGCUUCGCCGACCGCUACACCCCCGACGACGGCGACGACGAGGAGGAUGCGACCCCCACAGGCCUGCAUCGAUACGCCACAGCGCCCUCACGCAGCUCGCCGCCGUCGCAUCAGCAUCAAGCACAGCACUCCCAGCAGCCGUACCAGCCCCAACGACCCGCCGCACCCUCGCGCCAAGAGACCCGCAUCAGAGCCGGCAGCCUGGUGUCGACAGAGUCGACCUCGGAUUCAGACACUCCGGGUCAGACACUCCGGCACCGGAGAAGCCACGAACCCUCGCACAGCCCGCGCGAGUACCUCCCGCACAUCUACGAGCCUGGGUCCGGGCGGCGGUAUUCGGCUGACUACGGCCGAGACGGCGAUGUGCCUAUGCCUCCCACGGCGGCGGCGGCGUCGUCUGCGUACGGGCCCUCGAAAGCUCCGCUGUUCGCGGCGCAGGUUGCGCAACUGCAGCCUGCGCAUGCGUAUUAUGCCAAUUACGGGAGGCCGGUGACGAGUGGGAGGAGUGGCUAUAGUGGAAAUAGGCCGGCGACGAGGUACAAGGAUGAGGAAGUACUGGACGGCAGGAGGAGGGCCGAGAGCUGGAGGGAAGGGUAUGUGCGAGCAGCGGCUGAUCUCAGGGAGCCGUCAUGGGAGCGAGAGACGGAGCGGGAGAGGCAUCGUGGUGAGAGGGACAGGGAUAGGGAGAGGGUGAGGAUGGGGCACAGGCACGUGCAGUCUGUGGAUGGCGUUGGGGGGAGGAGGUAUCCAGCUGAAGCCUCGUGGCGGUAG